GAGAGAGAAUCAGUAGGUGAGUGGACGAAGGAUUAACUCUGACAGUGGAUAUGGGGGAAGAGAAAAAGGGAAACACAACGUGAUAAAGAGAAAAGUGAACCAGAUGCCCAAAAGAGUGAGUGGCUAAAAGAGAAAGGGAAGGAUACCAACUGAGAGUCCACUCGGAGCGAGGACCCAGUUUUUGGAAUUGAGUGGAGCCCUCGCUAGACUUGACAUCGACCACCACAGCUGCCAUGUACAGUGGAUAUGGAGGGAGUCCAUCCCAAACUCUCUCCACCAUGUCGCUAUCUGUUCGCCCAGCCAGACGCCUCACCUCCAGAUCCAUCACUAGGAGCCAGAGCUUCACUGGAGUCAACACGUACGACAAGCCCUACAGGAACCUCUCAGUGUUCAGCACUCCAGGUCUCAGCAGGAAGCCCAGCAGAGCCAGCAGGAUGUUUACUAUGUCCACCAAGUCUAACCCACCACCUAAGGUUCCUCAGCCAGAGCGACUGGAUCAGGUCUAUGAGGCAUUGAAGAAAGGCCUUCAGUCUUACCUGCAGGUUCAUCAGAUGGACUUGGACAGCCUCAGCAGACAGAUGAGAGAAUCAAAGAGGAACUCGAGACUGGGUUUCCUGUAUGAACUGGACAAGCAAGUGAAGGUGACUGAGAGAUACAUAAGACGACUGGAGUUUCACCUCAGCAAGAUUGAGGAGCUCUAUGACGCGUACUGCCUGCAGAGGAGACUCAGAGACGGAGCCAACAAGAUGGUGAAGGCGUACACGACCUCUGUGGCCAGUAAGGAGGCCAGGGAGAGUUUAGCAGAAGCACAUAAAGGAUACAAAGAGUACACAGAGAACAUGUGUAUGUUGGAGAGCGAGUUGGAGAACCAGCUGGGGGAGUUCCACCUUAAGAUGAAAGGCCUGGCUGGAUUUGCUAGAUUGUGUGCUGGUGACCAAUAUGAGAUCUUUAUGAGGUACGGUCGGCAGCGGUGGAAGCUUCGAGGCAGAAUAGAGCUCAAUGGCAAGCAGGUGUGGGACAGUGAAGAGAUGGUGUUCGUGCCGCUCGUCUGUGACUUCCUCUCUGUGAAGGUGACAGAGUUGAAGAGCUUAGCCAAUCACGUGGUUGUAGGAAGUGUUUCCUGCGAGACUAAGGACCUGUUUGCUGCACUACCCCAGACGGUUGCCGUGGAUAUUAAUGACCUUGGGACGAUUAAGCUAAGCCUGGAAGUCACCUGGAAUCCAUUUGAUAAAGAUGACCAGGGGUCUGUGGCAAGCACUGUCAACAAAGCUCCAACCAUCAGUAAGAGACUCUCCACAAUCUUCAACCAGAGUCCGCCUGACACGCCGUCUUUACGUGAACAAGCCUUCUAUAACAUGCUUCGUCGUCAUGAAGACUUAGAGAAUGGAACAGCUUGGUCUAAUUCAUCGGAAUCUUCUGAUGACUCCUCCAGUCCUCGGCUUUCUGUAGGAGGGCUACGCACCUCUACACAUCAUAAGGCCGUGAUGGUGACACCAGACAUCCAGCCAGCUGUAAGUGGAAGUUCCUCCCCACGGCCAGACAUCUCAUUCUGCCCCAGAGACUCCUCCUCUUCCACUCCAAACUCCACCCAUAAAAUCAGCACCGUCAGUGAGGAUCCCAACACAUCCAGACACCAAGCACAGAGCAACAGGGUAGAGGAGAAGGGGACAGUCACUGUGAUGACAAAAGCUGAAAGUGAGGAAGAGGACACAGGGAAAGGGUCUCCCAUAGCAACAGAGGACGGGGUGCUGACCAACAGCCACGCCUCACGCAGCUACUCGCGCUCUCUGAGCCACAUUAGUGAAAGCAGUGCUGAUGGCAUCAUGUUCACGGACAGGCCAGUCGAAUCAGGAGAGGUGAUGUCUUUGGCCUCCGGGCUCUCCAUCAAUGACAUUGAAAUGGAGAUGCCGAGCAGAAAUCCUGAGCGGCCCAGCUCUGCUGCCACAGACACUGAGCUGUCACCAACAAGGCUCGGUGUCGUCCAAGAAAACACAACCGCUGACGAUGUCACGGAUCAACAUCGACACAGCAAGCAGCAGGACACAUGCAGCUCUGUCCUCACACCCUCCUCUCCCAGGGAUGAAGGAGCGGACCCUAACACUCUGUCACUAAUGAACACACACCCAGAGCUAAAGUGCAACAUACUCCCAGAGAGCGGGGAUGUGACGUAUGUGGCCCGGCGGGUGUCGGUGGAGGAGGAGAUGCCAGGUGCAGGAGCAGAUUGUCUGUCCAGUGAGGGUGAUAGUCCGGUGGACAGUGGGCUGGAAGAUGCCCUGUCAGCUGUAGUUUCCUCUCUGGAUGAUUACAGAGGACAGUUCCCUGAGUUGCAAAUACUGGAACAAGAGCUGAAGCUGCUGCAGGUUACACUGAAGGGCGGUAGACACAGCCGUUCUCCCAGCGUGGUCAGCCUCACAGUGGAAACGGCUCUGUGCAGCUUCGACUUCCUCAACACGUCUGACUGGGAGGAGGAAGACGAGGAGAAAGGCGACAAGAGUAGAAAUGGCAGGUCUCUACAGGACAGAGGCUGGGAUAGCCCCACCUCCCCCCUCACCACAGGCUGCACCACUUUAGACUGCUCCCUGGUGGUCCACCUGAACAACUGCAGCACUCAGCUGUUGUGUCUGGGUAUGUUUGGUCCCUUGCGGUGUGGAGAGAUGUACGCCUUGGACAGACUGCUGAGAGAGGCUCGAAUCCUCCAAAUCAUCCGUCGUAUCGCCAAGGACAACCCGAGACGCCUCAGACAGCCUGCUGAAGUGAUACCACAGCUGGGCCUGUGCGUGGGUGCUGUGUCACUAUGGCAACAGUGUGUGGGGCAGGGCAGUGUGUACAGCGUCUCUGCUGAGAGCGUCCUGCUUACGCUAUCUGCAGUCUACUCCAGAAUACUGCCGGAGAGGGCCGGCAUCAUGGCCGACACAGUGUUCUUGUACCUGGUUGAGCGAGUGCUGGAUCAGAGGUUACCACGGCGGGGUGGCAACAGAGACCGAGUGAUGGUGACACUGUUCCAGCUGUGGAGCUACAUGGAGGCCAACAGCAUCAGUGACAUGGAAACACACAUCACUGAGCUGGCAGAAGAAGUGUGGUUAGUGCAGAGCCUGGCAUCAUGUGAUCAGGAUGUGAUCGUUCACGCUCUGCGGCGUCCUGCCGAUUGCAGCCUGAGGAGAGAAGGACUUCACGCUGUGGCCAAAUUACUGAAAGACCCACGAGGCAAAGUGUCAGCCUCUGCCAGCUCUGUGCUGAGGAGCCUGGCUGCCCAGCCCAGGCAGAGAGAGCAGGCUCUGGUCAGCUGUUUGGAGCUGCUGGAAGAUAAGCAUGUGGACACCAGAGUGUGUGGAUGCAAGGCUUUAGCUUGUCUCAAGGCCAAAGAAAGCAUUGACCAGUUAGUGUAUCUUUGUCGGACGGACAAGGACGAAGUGCGAGAUGCUGCCAAACAAGCGCUGCUUGUGCUCGGCGAGGAGGGGAAGAUGGCCCACAGACAUGUGGAGACGUCUCAGGACAGCAUACCCAGACUCUUCGCUCCAGGAAGCAUGGCCAGCACCGCUUUCUAACACUACACACACACACACACACACACACACACACACACACACACACACACACACACACACACACACACACACACACAAACACACACACACACUGUGUGGGAACAAACACAAUAUGAAUGUUGUGUGCUUUAACACAAUGUCUCUAUGAGAAUAUACAUUAGGUUGUUCUUCUACCCCAUUACGACCACUAAAACAUACACAGACACAUCUAGUACAUGGCAUACAUACACUGUCAGAGAGGUUGCAGUAAUACUCACAUAAAGGAUAGCAACUCUACCUAACACUGGGCAAACAUGUAAAGUCAUUAAGCUACAAACACCCAAGUUUAUGUGCAACAUGUGCUAACUACUCGGUUGGCGUGUGAAGAUGUCGGGAAGGAUGUACAAUGUGAGCAGGCUCGACUGGAAGGAUGGAUAAAGGGACGAGAAGGAUGCAAUGGAUACUGAGGGAAGAAGAUGUGGAGCAGAGUCCUAUCCAAAUCAAAUAACUGGACAAACUCCUUGCCAUCGCAGUCAUUCAUCCAUCCAGGCCCAGACACAAGUACAGCUCUUUGAAGUACGUUAGCAAAAGUCAAGAGAACUAUUUAAAGUCACAAGUCAGAUAAUUCACAUUUUCCCAGCCUACUAAGUGCCCAAAAUGUUACGUUUCUUGUACUUUGACACUCUGUGGCUUUGACUGGUUACCAGGGGAACCAGUACAGAGAGUAAAUGUUCCAUUCUACAGUAGAAUGCGACCCCUACCAUUACAGGAAACUACUUUUCUUAAUAAUCUCUAGUUUAGGCUACAAGGUGUGUUUGAACAACCCUGCUCCUGACGGACAGCUUGUUCUGUCAAGUGACAUGCCUGCAAACUGAACAACAUAUUGUCUCAUACAACUCUGCCUUUACUAUAGCCAUUAGCUCUACUGUUGCUUGUUGAUAUAAAGACUGAGACAAGACUCAAGUACCACAGCUCUGACUUGCAACACUUCCCUGAAGCAUAGACACUGUAAUAGACUCACUUAAAUGGGGAAAAGCUUUGCUUUGUUCUCAAAUAUAUAGAUAUUCUGAAGAUGUUCCGAUCAAUUUCUUUUAUUGAGAUUGUGAACUCAUUAAGAUCAAUAGGGACAGAAGUGUCACUCUGAAGUAAAGGAUAGGUUCGGAUUUUGAAAAAGAAAAAAGAAAAGAAAUGAUUAGACUUCAGAGGGAUUGGCUGCUGUAAUCAUUGUUCCUCUCUGCUAUGGCUAUGACCUUCAUGGCAUGACUGCAUUCACACUUCAAACUAACGUGUCGUCUGACUACAUCUAAAGGCUAAAGUAUUACUGCCUGUUCUGCACGCCUCACUAGAAGUGGAGUGAACAGCCUGCCGUCACAACCUCUAACUUGACAGAGGUAGUUGUGUGAAGAAUGAAAGAGGAGAGCUUGACAGAGAGCUUGUCGGGCACUGUCGGGGUUUCAGAGGCAGUUAGAGCAUCAGUAUGAGGUUUCAGCAGUGUGCCCUCUGGUAACACGUUGUGUUCCGCCAUUAAAAAAAGAAAGGUAAUAAAUCUUGAAGAUCUUUAUUUUUGAGUGCUAAUCAGUACUUGUUCCUACCGAGCCGAACAUCAUACAUAUUGCAUCACAUUCUUGAUGUUUCUCGAGGUUGACUGGAGUGUCCUGCAGGUCAAAGGACUGUGGUGUUGGAGAGCCACAAACUGGGCUGCAAAGAGAUUAAUGAGAUUUUUAUUGGAUUGCAUUUGUUGAUAUAAUGGGAAAAGAUAUGUUGUGCAUGUCCUUUUACAUUCUUCCUGGAUCUGUCAGUGGGGCUGGAGUCCUUUUUACCCCAUUGUAUAACUCAUGUAAUGUGUGAGCAGGUAGCGGCUUCACUGUGUUGCUCAGCAGGACAUGUUGUCACUGAUGCUGGGACAGAUACUGGAGACUCACAGGAAACAACACAUCUGCUACUGCCAGCGUAUUCACUGGGAAAUGUCUUCCAGUUCAAAAGAUACAAAGUAAAGCUUUUCAUUCUCUGUCUUGUUGGGCUUUAUGAUUAAUGCAGUCAGUAUAUUGGCAACAGAUUAAAAAGCAAAAGCAUAGCUCACACUGUAGUUCUGUAUAAAGGGUUGAGACUGUAAAACACAAAGAAUGGUUUAAACAAUUCAGUGCCAUCACUCUUUACAAUGACAUAUCUUAUGCUUUAUGGAAAUACAUAUAAUAUGAUUGUAUGCCACUGGAAUUUAAUAUGCUGUGAUUGUAAAUUGUUUUUUUUCUUGACAGUCUUCAUUUGUAAAUGUAUACUUUUGUUUUAUAAGAUGUGUUUUUACUGUUAUAAUGACACAGUCUAUUAUCAGUUUGAUGAAUUGAUGAAUUGAAUGGCCCCUCACAUAUCUGCUGUAAAUGAGGGGCAUUCUGAAUUUGCAUGACUGUCACAGACUGCUGCGGAGGACUUUGUCUUUUAAGAAGGCAAAGACACAUUACUGGGUUAUUACAGGUCUGGGAUCAGUUCACUUUAUAUUCACAUUAAUAACAGUUCAACCUCAAAAUUCAAACUAAAGAUUCCUGACUUUUACAAAGAAUAAGAAUUGCCAUUGUUCUCUGUUGUGUUGAUAUGGCAUUUUAAAACAUUUGAUAAAUAAGACGAAUAAUUAUAAUAGAACCGUAUUGCAAGUAAAUUGGCCCCAGACAUGGAAAUAUAAAUGUGUUUUGCAUAUUUAUGCCAUUUACUACUAAAAUCUUUACACUGCUGCUGACCAUUUUCCAAAGUAAGCCUAUUGCACUCACCAAAGAAAAACAUUGAAGGCCAUAUAUUUUGUAAUUAGAAAUAUAAUUUUAGAUCUAUAUUUUAUUGUUUUGACUCAGUAUUUCAUAAUAACAUGUAUAUCUUAUAAGUAUGACUUAGUACAUCAUACUUACAAGAGCUGUAAUUAUGAGAUGACAACCUCAAUGUGAUUUCCUCAUAAUUAAUUCCUUUAUUUGAAUUAUUUUUUCUCAUAAUUAUGAGAUACUAAGUAAUAGUUGUGGAUUCUGGAUGCUUUCAUCCCAAAGCAUAGCUUAGUGUCUUAUAUUGUUGUAUUGUGCUAAGGGCAGCCAAUGGUUUGAAUUUCUUAAAUCCCAGGAUCAUCACAGCAAACACGUCUACAACAAUAGUGUCACACAGUUCAAACACAGAGCUGGUGCUCAUUGUGAUUGGUUACCAAACCUAAGCAAGUGAUACUGUACACAUUCAAUGUACAACACUUCAAACUUCGGAAAAUUGCCAGCAUCAAGUCAACAAUGUGUUUUCUAGUAAGUGGUUAAAAAAAUAAAUGCUAAACACUGGUAUCUUUCUUUAAAGAUGGAAAUAUUUCUUAAGAGUUGACUAUAUCCAGCAAGUUAUCCGCACUGAGUGUGACCAAUGUCAGUGAACAUGCCAAAGUGUCUGGCUCCAGUGAUUACAGUUGUUUCUGUUUAUUGUAAUCUUGUUUCAUAGUGACACUGCUGACAGUGAUGUUGUCACUCUGCCUUUAACAUUUCCUGAGCACUGAUGAUUGUUUGAGAGGAUAUGUGUCCCAGUCUCAUACUAUAUGCUAGUACUAUGAUGUAAACAUGUUGUAUUCAAGUUGACAGUGCGUUGUUCCACCAGUGAACACAAAGACAUUUGUACUGACAGGAAAUAAUGUGUAAUUCUCAGCCAUGCCAGCAGUGGCACUCUAGUGAUGGCAGUUGGUCAGUUAGUCCAUCACUUCUCAAUAUCUCAACAUGUAAUUGGUGGAUCCAUCAAAUCCAUGAGACAUUCAUGUCCCACUCAGGAUGGUUUGUAACAACCGUGGUGAUCCUCUGAUAUUCCCUCUAUUUUAAAUUAUGACCAAAAACCUGCAGAACUAAUGACAUUCCCAUCAGCCUCAGCUGUACAUUAUGUUUGGUGCUGAUAGGCAAAUGUUAGCAUGCUAACAUGCUAAACAUCAGCGUGUUACCAUUGUCUCUGAGCUGCUCGCAUGGCUGUAGACUACACCUGUUCCUGUUGUCUGAGCUUUAAUACCACUGUCCAAUGUAUUCUCUUUUUGUGUACAAGUGUUGAUCAACAUCACACAAAAAUGUAGAAAUGUUAGGCUUACUGCUCACAGUGUGGACUGUAUCUCACUUUAAUAACUUUCCAACAUGUACACAUUCCACAUCAUUCCAUAGCAUUAGUGGAGAGUAUGCGGAUGGGAUACAGCUUUUGUCUUCAAGCAGGAGGGUUCAGGUUCCUUCAUAAAUGUGCCAACCCUGUCUACUUCCCUUAGACUGACUUACAUGUCCUUAGCAACACUGUGAUUGAGAAACAAAGCAAGUAGUAGCUGUGCUUGAAAGGAUGUAACCAUCUUUACAGAGGUUAAGGGCCAUAGCUUAAUUAAUAAUGAAUAAUUAUAUUCAUAGUCAGAUGAAAGUCAGAAUCAUCACAUGAAUGUUAGAAAUAGGGAGAGAAAUAUCAGAAUUUGUGCAGAAAAAUACAUUUAGAAAUCGUUACAAUAAAAAUAAAUAAUAUAUGAACUCUGAUCUUAAUAUCUCAAUUUAGUAUUCAGGAAAGUAUUUUUCACCUAAUCCCCUUGUAUGCAUCAUAGAUGCAUCUAUGAUGCAUACGUAGUGAAGGCAAUAAUGACUUACUGAUGUGCUGCUGUGUCCCUGAAAAGAACUGACAUUCAGAUGUUAUUUUCAGCUGUUAGUCUUGAGGGGUGAUCAGACAACUCGCUAGUUGUAUAUUGUGUUCAAUUUGGUUGUUUAGUUCAUAUACAGCGUAUAUUAAGCAACAGGCUGCAGUGUCACCGGAAUCAUAAUAGGACUGAUGUCACAUGGGGGGGACUCACUGUUUGUGUAUGUAUAUAUGAUGGCUACCACUGUGUUAAAUGCAUUCAUAAAGAAUAUCUCAGUGUUUAAGUGCCUCAAGGUUUGAUAUUAACAGAGAUGCAAUAAGACAUAGAUGAGAUACUUUAUUUAAGAAUGAAGAGUGUGUGCAGCAGUGGAAAACCAUUGCAGCACACUAUAUAUUUUUCUCCACAAUCUUGAUAAAUUGUGCAGUAUUGGAAACAAUUUUUUUUUCUAAAACAUAUUUCCAGGCAUUCUGGUGUUGAAUAUACAAACUAUUAAAAUAUGUUUAAAGAUUGUCAGAUGCCAUAUGCCAUUGUGUUUGUUAAUUAUACAGUGAGCUGCUCACACACACACAUACAAAUAACAUAACUAUUCUGUCUGUCCUGCAUGUCCCCAAAGUUGGGGGACAUAUUGAGAUACACAGUUGUUUGAGGGUUGUGACAGGGCAUCAGCAGACUUUACCUCUUCUAAAACAGUGAUGCUGUGACAAAGACAUGUCCUCAUUACAGAAAGCAGAGAAUACCCCUUUGCUCGGGUGUGCAGGUAAAUCGGGGGGAUCCUAACUGAAGCCCUGUCAUUCAUGCAUUGAUUCAUACAUGAUGGACAUACAUGACUGUACAUUGUCGUGGAAUUCAAACCAAUUUAAAGCUUUCAAAAGGCAGUGAAUAAAGAUUUCUGUGGACUUUC